CCAGCUGUGAGAGGCGCCACCGUCGCUUCUGGCGGCUGGCUGGUUGAGCUCCUUUGGGGCAGACGCUGUCUGGCUGCUGUGUUAAUUCAUAAUAUACACAUGGAGUAGUAAAUAGAUGCUCAAUGAGAUCAUAGUGAGCUCUGCGAAUACCUCCAGUGUUGUUUCCCAGUCUGUGCUCAAAAUGAUGCACUACAACUCCUGGAUUCCGUCGGCAAGUCCGCUGGACAACCAUCGCAUGUACAGCCAGUACCUCGAGGCAUCCUACCGUGCGCGCCUUCCUAACCAGGAGGAUGACAGCGAGCAAACAGGUGACGAGACCCACGACACGUUGACCUCAGCGACCUCUGGGGAUCGCAGUCCUAGCGCCGAUAUAUUUCGUCUGGAGUUCGCUGCUACCCAGUGGUCUAAACUGGUCUCCAACGCGGAGGGGCUCUUCAGUAAGCUCGUCGCCAGCGACAUUCUCCCCCACAACGAGCAGGACCAGAUAAAGCAGUGGCUCUGCCUCAAGCAGGAGUACGAGGAGUGCAUAACGAGCGACGACACAGCGAGCAUUCCCGGCUACCCGGAGAACUCACGACGGUCGCUGGAGCGAAUUGAAGAGGUAACGGAGACAGACGAGAGGACAGAUGACUCCGAGCCGCGUAUGGAGUUCCACACGUCGGAUGGAAGUAGCGAAAGUGACACAGAAAUGUCAGAGGAUGACGACCAGAGUGAAGGUGACUCUGACAAUCCGGACUUCCUGGAGAAACUGGACGAGUGCAUGAACAAGCUCAAGAUGGAGACUGACAGAUUGAUAGAUGCCAUUGACGACGGAUUUCAGGAGAAGGGACUAACGAUAAUCUCAGCAAAUGCUCAUCCGGUAAACAACAACAACGAUUACGUGCCACUGAUAAAGCCAACGCCAAUCAGAAACGCCAACUCCAGACGAAACUCGAUGCUGCCAGGAUCAGAGAUGUGUAACGAAGUGAUAGCUUUCAACGGGGCCUUUAAACCCUGCGGAAGAACUUACGACGAGGAUCUGGAUAAUGGACGAGGUUUCAGGGGUGGUAACGACAAUCAAGAGGAUUUAGAUAACUCCCAGGACCUGCUCCUGGAGCCGCUGAAGAGUUACGAAAUGCCCGAGCCGAUGAAGACCCUGAAGACGUUGACGUUGAACAAUGAGGCUAAACAGACACAGGUGAAGAAGAUCCAAUCGGACCUGGACGGGGCCCAGAGGAGGAUUGGUGAACUGGAGACGACCAUCAAGAUCAAGGAGAAGUUUAUUGCGGAUAUGAUAAAAAAUUCGGAGGCGAGGACAAGUGCGAAGCAGAAAUUCCAGAGGAAGAGGUCCAAGCUUGAGGAGCAGUACUACAAUACGAGAACGCAAUUGGCCCAUGCGGAGAAUUCCCUGUACAGGGACGACGAGAAGACAACUCACAGGAGAGAGAUUGAGUUGUAUAAAAAUAUGGCGAUACAUUACGAGCAGAGGUUACGAGACAUCGAGAUGAUGAAACAGAUUGCCGGCGACUCGGCGAAGAAGGUGCUGGAGUUGGAGAGCUCUUUGAACUCGUCCAAGAAGCAGAUGGAGAAAAUGAAGAAGCAAUUGAGGAAGGAGGAGGUGAGGAAGAGUCAGCUGGAAGACGAGGUGGCUGAGGAUCAGAAGAAAAUUCGCGAGCUCGAGGAGAAGUACAAUCUCACUGCUUCCAAGCUGAAGGAGAUGCAGUCGGAGAGCGAGGACGAGAGGAUGAGUGCGAGGUGCAGGGGAGAGGACAAGAAGCAAGAUAUGUUGGACGUUAGAAUAUCGCAUUUAGAUCACAUACUUAAGGAAAAAUCAAUGGAUUUGGAGAGGGCUGAUGAUGUGGACUCGAAGGCAGCGUUGAGAAUUGAGAUUGAAAACCUCAGGAAGACGAAGGAACGCCUUUCCGAAGAGAAGUGCAAUCUUGAUUCCAAGCUCAAAGAGAACACCUUGAGCACUUUUGAAGAAAGGAAGAGGCUAGAGUGUGGGGAAGCUAUUGAGGUCGUUGAUGUCAUGAUUGAGCAGAAGAACGAAAAGAUAUGUGGGAGAAAGUGCUUCGAUGUUAAAAACUGCAAGAGGGAGGACAUGGAAAUGGUACUCAUGAGGCAACUGUCUAUGCUAAGUCUCGAUGAAAUUGUUAAAUUGUUUACGAAGUAUUUUAAUAAGGUCAUCGAUCUCAAGGAGGCAGGACGAAGUUUGGAGAUGCAACUUAACGACGCUGAAGCGAGAAUUCAAUCAUUAGAUAUUAGAAAUCGUGAACUGAGUAAUUCACUCAAACACUCCAAGGUCGAGGCUGAGAGGAGAAUGAUAUUCUUGAGGGAACAACAUGAGCAGAAGAUGCAUAUGAUGUUCAGGAGUGUUGCUGAUGAGACUGGAAGCUCCAGCUAUGAGAAACAUGAUAAGGACUCGGAAAUGAUCAAGUAUAGAAGGGAGAACAAGUUCCUGAAGAAGAGGGUGCAGGAUCUAGAGACUCUGUUCAGGGCUUCGGCUAUCGCCAGGACCACCAGUCCUCCUAGAAUCUCCCAACAGGAGUUCAAACAGAUUGGCCCAUGCGCUGCUACUACCACUACCAAAGUCACCAGACAGAGGAACAAACUUAUUAUUCAAAAGACAGACUGCGAUAAGAGGAAAAAGUGAAGGGUUUCUGGAAUUAUCUCUCUAAUCAUAUUCCGAAUUUCCUUCUUCUUGUUCCAUUUGACACAGAAGAGAUCGUGAUUAAUUGUAUAAUGUGUUCUUCCUUC